AUGGACAUAGGAGUCUUGAUUUUGGCAUGUACAAUCUUUACAUGGAUCUUCCUUCACCGAUGGAACCAACGAUCCAAAAAAGGCCCAAAAACUUGGCCCCUUGUUGGAGCCGCUAUCGAGCAACUAAUGAACUACGACCGAAUGCACGAUUGGCUGGUCAACUAUCUAUCAAAGUCAACCACUGUUGUGGUCCCAAUGCCCUUCACCACUUAUACUUACAUAGCCGAUCCGGCUAAUGUAGAGCAUGUUCUUAAAACUAACUUUGCAAACUACCCAAAGGGCGAAGUGUAUCAUUCGUAUAUGGAGGUUUUGCUUGGAAAUGGAAUCUUCAAUUCCGAUGGAGAGAAUUGGCGAAAACAAAGAAAAACCGCAAGUUUUGAGUUUGCUUCUAAAAACUUAAGGGAUUUUAGCACGGUGGUCUUCCGAGAGUAUAGCCUCAAGCUCUCUUCAAUUCUAAGCCAUGCAACUUUUCAUACCCAACAACUAGACAUUCAAGAAUUAUUGAUGAGGAUGACUUUGGACUCGAUAUGUAAGGUGGGAUUUGGAGUAGAGAUUGGUACAUUGGCUCCUAACUUACCCGAAAACAAAUUUGCCAAAGCAUUUGAUGCUGCAAACAUUAUAGUCACUCUUCGGUUCAUUGAUCCACUAUGGAAAAUCAAAAAGUUUCUAAGAGUAGGUUCGGAAGCCGUUCUUGACCAAAGCAUAAAAACGAUCGAUGACUUUACAUAUUCAGUCAUCCAUAAAAGAAAAUCCGAAAUAGAAGAAGCUCAAGAAUGUCCUAAUAACCAUAAGAUGAAGCAUGAUAUAUUAUCAAGAUUUAUCGAGUUAGGAAAAGACCCUGAAAACAACAUCAAUGACAAGAGUUUGAGAGACGUUGUAUUAAACUUUGUGAUUGCGGGACGUGACACCACAGCAACAACUCUUUCGUGGGCCAUUUACAUGAUCAUGACUCACGAUCAUGUUGCAGAAAAACUGUAUACAGAACUUAAAGCAUUUGAACAAGAAUGUGCGAAAGAAGAACAAGUGUGUUUGGAUCCUUGUGACGACACACAAGAUCUUAAAUCUUUUGACUUGAGAACAAAGCAAUUUGCAGAACUUAUGAGUUAUGAUUCGCUUGGAAAGUUGUACUAUUUGCAUGCUGUCAUCACAGAAACGCUUCGGUUGUAUCCUGCUGUACCUCAGGACCCAAAAGGAAUCUUGAAUGAUGAUAUUUUACCUGAUGGAACGAAAGUAAAAGCAGGAGGUAUGGUGACAUAUGUACCUUAUUCGAUGGGACGAAUGGAGUACAAUUGGGGCCCAGAUGCAAAUCAAUUUAAGCCCGAAAGAUGGCUUAAAGAUGGGUUUUUCCAAAACGCAUCUCCUUUCAAAUUCACUGCAUUUCAGGCUGGCCCAAGAAUAUGCCUUGGAAAAGACUCGGCCUACCUACAAAUGAAAAUGGCGCUUGCAAUUUUGUGUCGAUUUUUCAAGUUCGAAUUGGUGAAAGGACAUGUGGUGGAUUACAGAAUGAUGACAAUUCUGUCAAUGGCAAAUGGAUUAAAGAUUACAGUUUCAAAGCGUUCGUAA